CUUUAAGGCUGCUACACACAAUGCCGGCGGCAGGGCCGCCGUACACCCGGUGGCAUACAAAGCCGCCGGGCUUGCCGCUGGGUUACGCGGCUUGCCGGCGUCAGUUCGUUCCUGGCAUUCGAGCGGUAGUGUUGUGCGGUUUGUGUGUUUAAACAAAUUAAAAUGUCGUUUAAUUGGGACGACGAAGCUGUGCUGCUCUUAAUUGAACAAUUUCAUGAAAAUGAUAUAUUAUGGAAUCCCGGAAAUGCAGACUAUAAGAAUAGGAACAAACGAAUGGACGCAUUGAACAUAAUUGCAAGUGUAUUUGACAUUGAUAAAGGCGAAGUAGAGAGAAAGUUAAAAAAUUUAACCUCUCAUUAUUUUCGGGAAAAAAAGAAGUUCGAACAGUUGCAAAAAUCUGGUGCAGGCAUAGACGAUGUACAGGAACCAAAGUGGUUUGCUUACAAAGCACUGAACUUUUUGCGAGACAAAAAUAAACCACUACCCACAGUAAAUAGUGAAAAUGAUAUGGAUUCGCAAAAAAGUCAGCAAAACAAUGCAACAGCGACUAGUUCCCGGAAAAGGAGAUGCGGUACUGAUGGAGACAGUGAUAUUGCCGAAGCUCUGCAAGUUUUAAAAAAUAUGUCAGCUUCGUCAUCUGCUCGCGAUGAUGCCUCGAUAUUCGGAGAAUACAUAGCAAGUAAAAUACGAAAAAUGGAUCCUAUGACAAUAUCUACAGUACAAUAUCAUAUUCAAAAUAUAAUUUACCAGGCUGAAAUGGGCGUUUACUCAAGACCUUCCAGGGUGGAGGCAGCUCAAGGAUAUUUUACCACUUCGACACCUGAAAGUGUACGUCCUGCCACUAGCCAUUCUAAUUACACCGACAAUUCUGAUACUCAGGACACCGAAAGCCAUUGUUCUUCUGUGCUCGGCAUUUAGAAGAAAAAAAGGACAUAAAAACUAUUUUAAAAUAAAUUUAAAAAAAUAAACAUAUACAAAUAUAUACUGACAUAUACGUAACCUAUAUAAUAACAUAUACGUUUAGCGUAAGUGCUUGAAGGCCUUAAUGUAGUGCUAUACUCAAAUUUUAUUCAAUUCUAGCAAUAUCACAUACAUUCAGGCCAUAUCAUAAAUAAAAAUAAAAUAAAUAAUUAAAAAAAUAUACAUUAGGUUAUGGUGUUCUCUAGCUUCCCCUCUAGGAUUCUCUGUGAGUGAGCUUCCCUGUGACUAUCAAGAGUGAGUCAUUAAAAAUAUAUAUUUACCUUGAUUUGAAAUUUUGAUAUAAGUGCUUCACAGACUUCGGGAAUCAGUGAGGAAAGAAGUGGUGAAAUUUUAAACAGUUCUCCAAGACUGAAAUAACUUUCUCCUGUAGCUGAAAACCGCAACGGUACUGCCAAUCUUUCUUUAGCGGGUACAGCCUUUCUCCAGCCAGUAUUUUUUUUUGCUAAUGUACACUUCAGUACUAUCUAGCCAAAAUUCAAAAUCUUCAUAUGUCAUUCUCAUCAUCUUAUUAAUCUGGUGCUUAGAUAGAUAUGCCAAGUUUAUUGGUUGCUACGAUAAGUUCCCCAGAGAUAACCGAGCAACAUGAUAACUUUAAAGUAGCAGUCUCCAUACACAUAUUGCCAUUAGAUACUUGCAGACUCCAGCGAUUUCCUGGAUUGGAAGCUAGACGGUCACACCGACCUAGGAUACCACGUCUGCCGAUGGCCAUUGUAUCAAUAUCAAAAACGCUCCUACA